AUGUUGGGGUCGGUUUUCACCCCUUCAAGAUCAACAGAUUUACUAAAUAUAGGAGUGUGUCUAGCUGACGAAGCAGAGUAUAGCGAAGAUGUUGGCUCGUCGAUAAUCAACCUCCGUGCAAAAUCCGUGCGAACCAUCUCCCGUGCAAAUACUGUGCCGAGCCCACUUGGUGUGAUUAUCAGCUCUUUCAGACGAGCCGACAAGCCAAUAUUCGACGAGCCAAAGACCGAUCGAUUAAGACGGCUCGUCACCAAAAAUCUCCGUGCAAAUAUCGUACGAAACCUCCUCUGUGCAAAUAUCGUGCCGAGCCGAAUCCUGUGCUAG